UGGGCCAAUGAGAAAUGGCGAUGUUAUCCCCGUGAGUCAGAAGCUGAUUGCGGCCAUCUCGCGUUGUCAGGGGUUGUGAAGGAGAAGCGGCUUUGGGGACUGUGACUGAGUAAUUCCGAUUCACGGCUGAACCAUCCCUUUCCCCCUUUCUCCCCGCCCUUUCCCCCUUUUUCUUCGCUCUCAGGGGGUGGGCCGGGGCGACAUCGCGAGAUGCCGGUCCGCACCGAGGCGGCCUCACUCAUCCCGCCGCCUCCCAUCAACACUCAGCAGCCCGGAGUCGCCACCACACUCCUGUACAGUGGCUCCAAGUUCAGGGGACACCAGAAAAGCAAAGGCAACUCGUAUGAUGUGGAGGUGGUAUUGCAGCAUGUUGACAUGGAAAACUCUUUUCUCUGUGGAUACCUAAAGAUCAAAGGGCUCACCGAGGAAUAUCCAACUCUUACUACUUUUUUUGAAGGAGAAAUCAUCAGUAAAAAACAUCCAUUUUUAACAAGAAAAUGGGAUGCAGAUGAAGAUGUAGAUCGAAAACAUUGGGGGAAAUUCUUGGCAUUUUACCAAUAUGCAAAAACAUUUAACUCAGAUGAGUUUGAUUAUGAAGAAUUAAAGAACAGUGACUUUGUCUUCAUGAGGUGGAAGGAACAAUUUUUGGUCCCUGAUCACACAAUCAAAGACAUCAGCGGUGCUUCCUUUGCAGGCUUUUAUUACAUUUGCUUCCAAAAAUCCACAGCUUCAAUAGAGGGCUAUUACUAUCACAGGAGUUCCGAAUGGUAUCAGUCUUUAAAUCUGACACAUGUCCCUGAACACAGCACUCCGAUCUAUGAGUUCCGGUGACAUUCAUCAAUGCAAUCUGCCUCAGACAUUUGAAGGAAGAGAGUUGACAAACAGUGGAGCUGUUGAGAGAGUAGAGAGAGAAAAGUGUUCUGUAACAAUGAGAACAAUUGUUUCUCUGCUGCUGACAGACCGAUCACAACAUGAUGAGGAGCUCGAGCAUCAAUAAUCCAAUCGAAGUGCAUGACUGUUGGAGCUUGUGUUCACCAAGCAAAAGAAAACUCCAUUUUAAUCUCAUUUUUAAUGAUAAUUUAAAUGGCACUUACAGAUUUUCAAUUUAGAUCUCUGAUUUAUAAAGUUCUUCUUGUAUUUCUAACUUGUUGUACAUGAACUGGCAAUGAGCCAGUAGUGUGAGAGCUGUGUGCUAUUGUGCUUUCGUUUCUUCCCUUUUUUUUUGCUGAUGCUAUUUUUAUACAUUGCUAAUCAAGCUUGAACUCUUUAGAUGGCAGUGGUCCUUUUUAUCUAUGCUGCUGGUGCUGUUGCACAUGUUCUGUAUUAGGGUUUUUAUGGGAGAACAGAAGUGGCCUUAUCUUAACAGAGCAAUUGUUUAGAUACCACAAAACAGUAUCGGAGGGAGAAGUAAAGUUUAAAAUAAAAUGCUCCAUUGAAUUAAAAAAAACUGAUCUUUGUAAGACUCAAGUUGUAUAGAGCAUUUUGAAAUGACAUGCCUGGCAGUGUUAGUAAGGCCUUUGACCUAACCAAGCAGUUAUAAAGAAUAAAUCAAACCUUUUGAAAGCAGUUGCCAGGCUAUAGCUUUGUAAUUUCCAGUUAACACAUGCUGUGUGUGGAGUUUGAGGUUUUUUUUUGUGAAUGUAUCUGGGGUGUGUGUUGUUGGUGCUAUCUCAGCUGUUCAGAAGGAUAUUGUGUGCCUUUAAUGAUAAUACACAAGGAAUUACAGAAAUAUUCAAUUUACAAUACAUCAGUAGGAAAUUCCAUGCACAGUAUAUUGCUCAUUUUGAGGUUGUGGUUACAGGCUAUCAUGACUCCCUCCAAGGAAAGCCUUUGCGCAAACCCUUUUGGGGGAAAGUAUUGGAUCAAGAGUUUUAACAUUAAGUAUACAUAAAGUCAGAACAAAUCCACUGUUAAUCUGACUAUGGGUCAAACUAGCGAGAUGCUGGUGGAUGUUGCACUUGAAUAGUGGAUAUGGGAGAAAGAAGAUUUUCCAAAUUGUACAGCCUAUUUAAUUUAAAAAAAAAAUAAAUGUUUUAACAAAAUUGGUGCAAGAUUUUUUUUCCAGGUAGUCGUAUUUUCAUGACAAAAUGUAAGAUGUUAACUUUCUCUGACACAUUGAGAAACCCCACUGCGCCUUUAUGAAAUUCUAAAUAUAGCACCAUAUUAUAUCUAAAUCUAAUAGCUAUAAUUGGAUUUCAUUGAACAAGAUGGCAAUAGUUACAAUUUUGUAGUCAGCAAUUCAUCUGAUUUAAUGGAUGUUUUAACAUUCAAAAUGAUAUUUGAGGUGGCAUCUGUUGUGUAAGAUUUUAAAAAAUGUAGCUAUCUCAAUCCAGUGAUAUCAGAGAAAUAUAGUGCCAUCAUUUUUACUGUGUAUUUUGCACCAGCUUUUUUGUCCAUUCAUUAAUUUGUUAAAUCUUGAUAAAUGCUUUACCGAUUUGCCAAGAGAGAUGAUAAUGUGUGUACAUGUGUUUGUUUGAGAGUAAAUAGAAAGAGGAAUAUUAUCUACAGAUCAAGAUUAUGUUUGGAUUAAGGAGGUAGCAAAGCUUCUCCUGAAAUAUCCAUAUGGACUUUAAUUUUUGAACCCUAAUCUGAAAGUGAGGGCAGUGUUUUGCUUUAUACCAUCCCAAUACUUUUGAAAAAUAGGAUUAUUUCAUUUCACAUAAUUCAAGACUUCCUUUUUGAAUUUUGAAUAUUUUGAAAAUCUAAAACUGAAAAUCCAUUUUUUUAUUUAAAAAUGAAGAGUUGUGCAAGUGCAAGGCAGGAAUGCUGAUUAGAGUGAAGCAUCCCUUGUACAUUGAGUCUGAUAUGUUGAUACUUGACAGUGACUAAUUGGUUUGAAAGUGAGUUGAUUUUAUUGUAUAAAUCAGAGCAUGGGAAUGAGUGUUUUAUUACAUUACACUGUUCAUGAGACACCGGGAGCUUUAAGUUGCUGAUCUGUGGUGAUAUUAAUGAGGAUACCACAGCCAAUAAAGAUCCUGUGAAAUAUUUCAUGGAGUUUGU